AUGCGCCGCGUCCCGCGCGCUGCCGCCCCGCUGUUUGUUGCCUCGCGGCGCUGGGCCGCGACGCGGGCGGAGGCCCCCGGCAACGCAGGCGGCGAGGAGGAUGUAGUGACGCCGUGGAGCGUGACCGCCACCGGGCCGAGGGGCGUCGACUACGGCCGCGUCCUCACGCGGUUCAAGUCGCAGCCCGUUGAUGCGUCCCUGCUGCAGCUGCUGCAGGAAACGUGCGACGCGAGGGAGGGCCGCGCGCGGGCAGCCAACGCCGCGGGGGAAGGAGCGGGGGAGCCAAAGGCACUGCACCAUUUUUUCCGCCGCGGCGUUGUCUUCUCCCACAGGGACUUCGGGGGUGCCCUCGAGUGCGUGCGCGCGUCCUUCACGGCGGGGGCGCACCGCGCGUACUUGUACACCGGCCGUGGGCCGAGCGCGCGGGCGAUGCACAUCGGCCACGUCAUACCGUUUCUCCUGACGCGCUACCUGCAGGAUGCGCUUGGUCUUCCGCUGGUGGUUCAGAUCACUGAUGAUGAGAAGUACUUCUUCCGCGACAUCCCCGUCGGCGGGGAGCGGGCGAGCGAGUUGGCGGUGGAGAACAUAAAGGACAUCAUCGCCUUUGGCUUCGACCCGCGCAAGACGUUUAUAUUCUGCAACACGGCGUACAUGGGAGACAUGUACCCAACCGUUGUGCGGGUGCAGCGCAUGUUGACGCUGAGUGCCGUGAAGAAUACGUUCGGCCUGAGGGACGGCGACAACGUGGGAAAGGCCGCCUUUCCGGCGGUGCAGGCCGCGCCGUGUUUUAGCAGCGCCUUCCCACGGGUGCUGCAGCAGCCAGCCGGGGAGCCCCCGCUGCAGUGCAUCAUUCCUUGCGCAAUCGACCAGGACCCGUUUUUCCUCCUGACACGCAACGUGGCGCCGCGCUUGAGGUGCCGCGCCCCCGCGCUGCUGCACACGAAGUUUCUCCCCGCGCUGAAGGGGCUGCAGUUCAAGAUGAGCAGCAGCGCGGAGGCGAACGGCGUCAUCACACUCCACGACACAGAGCAGGAGGUGCGCCGGAAGAUGCGCAGGGCCUUCUCUGGCGGGGGCGGCACGUUGCAGGACAUGCGUGCGCACGGCGUCAACCUGGACGCAGAUGUGGCGUACCAAUUCAUUCGGUUUUUCUGCCCCGACGACGGGCUCGUCGCGGAGGUGGCGUCGAGGUAUGGCAAGGGCGAGAUGCACAGCGCCGCGGUGAAGGACCUCGCCGCGGACGUCAUCGUGCGGCACGUCAUGCGUGAGUGGCAGGCGCGGCGGGCGAGCGUCACGGAUGCAGACGUGGAGCACUUCACCGGCAUCCGCAACAUUCUGCUGUGA